CCGCGGCUCGCGGCCCCGCAGCCUGGCGGGGCCGAGCAGUGCGCACCCCCUCCCACUCGCGCGGACUCCCGGCACCCGCCCGCCCACCUUCCGCGGCCAGCCCCCCAGACCCCGCCGCGCUGGCCCCCUUCCCUUGCCCCGCCCCCAGCUCGGCCCGCGAGAACCCGGCAGAGGCCGCCGGGCUGCCACCUGGGGGGACGAACGGCCCGUGCCCCCUCUCCGCCUGGGUGACUGAGCGCAGGACCCUAGUGCCAGGGCCGAGAGCCGCGGGUGAUGGGGCGGGAGUGUGGCACCCGAGGCCCGGGUCCUCCUGGGGGUGGUGUGCGUGGCUCUCACUUCCACCUUCCUGCGUCCACCCUGCCUGCCGCACGGUGCGAAGCUCCCCGCGUGGCCUCGCGUCUGGUCUUCGGCCCCGCGCCGCCCGGCGUGUCCCCGCGGGACCCGGAUCCGGGGCACUUUCGUUGCGAACUGCCAGGAGGGCCCUGAGUUGACUCCUCUUUCGGAUUUGUGUUGUAAAACACUCGGGGGAAUGAUUGUCACCGGACAGACCGCCUCUGGCGCGACGUGAAGCCUCGCUGUCGCUCGGGAAGGGACGAGAAAACGACAGGCUGGUGGCAAGGGCGGCGCAGUCGGCAGCACAGGUAGCUCAGGUCCAGGGGAACCAGUUGUAAAUGGCAGUGCCGGGCUUGAGCAGAACCCACCGUCCUUGGCCUGCGGGUGGGUGGCUCCCGAUUAAAGUUGGCUGGGUCUUCUUUUUAAAAACUCAAUCGAAACAACAGGCUGCAUGUGUCGAGGCUCGACGCGGUGGCUGGGAGCGCGGCCGCCUGCGACGGUGGCCUGGAUUCGCUGGAACUGCGUCUCGGGUCACCGCGGGGAGCGCUCGGCUGCGCCCCGGGCCGCCAGGCCGCCUCUCUCCGAGAGCAGGGACCUAGAUGCUUCGCUCACGGGCGUGGAGGGCGUUCAGGCCUGUGGAGCGUCUGCGUCCGGACGUACACUUGUUUUCUGUGGCUUUCAGUUGCCCUCCGAGCUGGAUUUAAAGAGAAGGGCCGGCACGCAGGGCCAACCGGUGGCCGAUGCUUUUGGAACAAGUCGGCGUGGACAUGCACGUUUCAAGAAGCUGUGGUUUCCUGGAGGCCAAGCUCUGGGAAACGGCAGAAACGCUCGCGGGCUUGGGCUCCGGGCCCUUCCCGGAAAGCGGCGGCGGCGCAGACCGUGGCGCCCUCCACCUCCGUCCUGGGGCUCCCGGGAGCCGGGCAGGCUGAGCGGCGACGCGGCCCGAAGUCGUGCGCGCGGGCGGCGAGGGGGCGCUGUGGCCCGCGGCUGCCGCCUCGUCCCCGCCGCGGUGGCCCCGGCGCUGUCCCCGGCCACCGACGGGCGGCGGGAGUCCCGGACCUGCCUCCUCCCACGUCGGUUUGAUUCGGGGAAGAAGGACAAUAGCACUGGAGCAUUUCAAUAAAACCUGAGUCUCACUCGACCUUUCUCUCGUUCCGCCUUCUGCCCUGUCUUCCGGGGAGUUUGUAAGAGUUUGGUGGGAAAAUAGGUGCCAUUGCGGAGCGUGUAAAUUUGGAGGGGGGUCAGUUAAGAUUAAAGAGACACAUUUUACGUGGUUCCCCCGAAUAAAGUCA